AUGGCUCUCCCGAGAUCAAUCCCGAUGGCGGCUCUGUUCCUGCGGGCGUCAGUCAAACCCGAAGUUGAAGUCAUCGGGUGCGCAGGCCGUAUCAUCUCCCGAAACGCUACCGACGAGCUCUUGCCCUACAUCAUACAAUCCAUCUUCCUCUUGAUUCCCCCUUCACUUUUCGCCGCGAGCAUUUACAUGGUACUCGGCCGCAUUAUCCGUGGCUUGGGACCCCUUGCAGAGGCGUAUUCCAUCAUUCGCGUCAAGUGGCUAACUACACUCUUCGUCGUCGGAGAUGUUUUUGCGUUCUUGGUUCAGGGUGGUGGCGCGGGUCUCAUGGCUUCUGUUGAUACCAGAGACAUGGGGAACAAGAUUGUCAUCGCUGGCCUCACGGGUGGUUUCAGCAUGUUGAAUAGCAGCAUUACCCAGCUCCAGUCCACGCCUCCUUUCGACUGGCAGGCCCUAAUAAUGAUGCUCUACGCUACGUCGGUUCUCAUCCUCUUUAGGUGCAUUUUCCGCAUUAUCGAGUACAUCAUGGGUCCAAACGCAUACCUUCUUGUUAACGAGUGGCCACUUUACGUGUUUGACCUGACGCUCAUGGUCAUCACGAUGGGGAUUUUCUUGGUCUGGUACCCCUCCAUGAUCAAGUCCUUUUCUGACAACUCGGAGCCUCGAGAUAUUGAGAUGGUAACUGAGAACACUAAAGUACGUAGGUAG